UAUUAUAGAUGCAGCCCUGUAAGUAUAAACACUUGCAAUUGUCACACUUUCAUUAUGAUUUAUGAGUGCACCGAGUUUAUCGAUUAAUUGUAAUUAACUUUGAUGAUCCUGCAUUUAAAAUGUAUGAGCGAAUAUGAAUUUUCCAUUUGAUAUUCGUCUUUUUAUUCAUAUGGACAACAUAAUACAUAAAUUAAUCACCUACAUUACUUUCUUUCAAGACUUCUUGAGUCUUGAAAGUGGUCAAUUUUUAUAUAAGAGCACUAGAAUUUUAUAUACCUAUAUCUCAUUUCUUUACAAAAUGGUAUUUAAAGUUGGUUUUGUAUCGUUUUCACUAUGCAUUUUCACUUUCAAAUAUUUUCAUUUCAAACUGUAUUUUCCAAUUUUUCCACUUCUCGAAUUCUCCGGCUCUUACUUUUAAUAUAUUUUUACACAGUCUUAUGAAAAAAGACUAAAAUUUUCAACAAAAUUCGACUACACAAUAAACACAAGCGUAACUAACGUUUAGGUUGGCAACGUUAAAGGUUCUAAAACUAGCCACGAAUAACCGACGUUUACCAGCGCCAGCGAAGUCGAUCCCUUUCAAAAUAACAAACAGAAUAAAAAGCAAAAACGCCUGCCAACCAAGCAGCACACAACAAUAAAUUGCCGAAAAUAACGUAAUAUAACAGGCGCCCAACUUUAAGGAAGUCACCAAGCAGCCAGCCUACGAACUAAUCCGUGUCAAAACGAAGUGCUAGCCACUUUUUGCACCUGCUCCAGGCUUACCUUGCGUUACAGAUAAACUAAAUUGAACACAAAAACAACACUAGUUGAGGAAUAGCUCCCCACCUUAAUACUUUUCGGCAUUAAUAAUCUUCAGUUCAAAAGAAAAAAAAACUCAAAAAUGCCGGAAACCAAUAAACUUGACAAUCUGAAAUCUUUGGAUGAAAUCAUCUAUCCGGAAAUCGAACCUGGCAUAAUCAGUAAGCAAAUGAUUGACAAAGCUUACCUGGAGGAUGGUAAGCAAGGAGAAGCUGCACGUCUACAUCAAAUGGAGCCAGUAGUGUAUGAGCGUAUCUUUGUGCUAAGACUGGAGUUUAAAAAUAUUCUACGCAUAGAUCACUUAUGGAUCAUGCCAAAUUUAACGAAGCUUUCGUUGAAUUGUAAUAAGAUCGAAGUUAUUGAACACAUCGAUAUGUUGAUUGCACUAAAAGAACUCGAUUUGAGCUUUAACUACAUCGAACGUAUUGAAAAUAUUGAAAAACUUGUUAAUCUCGAAGUGCUCUCCCUUUUCAAUAAUCUCAUAAUGAAUAUACAAAAUUUGGAUACUUUGGAGAAGCUAGUGAUACUAAGUUUGGGCAACAACAAAAUCAAAACAACCGAGGGGAUUGAAAGAUGUCGAUUUCUGAAAGACCUACGCGUGCUCAAUAUGGAGGGUAAUCCCAUAGCAAACGAAACCAACUUUCAAAUGGAUCUUUAUGUGGCCGCUGUGCUACCUGGUGUUAAAUAUUACGAAUAUAAAACGAUCACCGAAGAGAUGCGACACAAAGGUCGGGAAAGAUAUUAUCGAGAAUUGCGUGAAAUUGAAGCGAAUGAGGAGAAGGAAAUAAUAGCGCGCGCCGCAAAGGCCAAAGAAGAAUACGAUGAGAAGCGUUUGGCUUCCAGUUUUGUAGAAUAUCUCAACGAACAUCAAUUGUAUGAAUCCUUGUGGAAAGGUGACGAAGACGGUUAUGCACUGCUCAAGAUCGGUCAGCCUGCCACUGACUUAGCAGAGGAAUAUGACAAUGACAUUUACGGUGUAACGCAAGAGAUUUAUAAGUAUGGCUUGGAACGCUAUGAAGAACGUGAAUUAGAAAUUAAUGAGUUCAAAGAGAAUUUGGAAGAAGGACAACUACAAAUACAACAAAUGGGUCAGGAUGUCAUCGAAGACUUUCUACGUCAUAAGGAACGUAUUUUUGAGCGAGCAACAGCUGUGCUUAAAGCUCUGGAGCUGCGUACGUUACACGGUGAAGAUGAAGAGUCACCUGAAAGCUUAGAAAUGAUGGAGCAAUUUGAUAAAAUUACGAUGCAAUUUGAUGAUAUCAUCAAUGAAGUAUGGCAACAGCUCAUGAGUCAAGAACUGCACUUGCACGAGAGCAUAGAGGAGUCCACCGUUAAUUUCCAACGUCGCAUACAAGAGAUGAUGGCAAAAUUUGUCGAGCAGGUGCAAACAUAUUUCGGACAAUUGCGGGACAUCGCUAUACACUUUUCGGAGAAUAUGACCGAAGUGGGCACACAUUACAUCAACACCAAGUUGGCACUGCAAGAUUUCGAAGAUGUCCCGCCAGAAUUGUUGCAUUGCAUGGAAGAUCGUGAAGCAAUACUCAAUUUGAUCGCCGGUAUGAAGGAUGCACACAUACAGCGCAUUGAUGAGCGCGAAGAUCGUUUGAUGCGACGAGUUGGAACGCAAUAGAGCCAAAAUUCUUGAAAUCAAUUCCUUCCUUGAAUUAAUGUCCGAUUCCUUGGCAUCACUACACACUGAAAUUCGCGAGGCCAUAAUGAAUGAGGAAGCGUAAAAUAAAAAA